CAGAAGACUACUGUAUUGCUGCAGUUGAAUAUGGCUCUAGAUGGCACGGCGGAGUGUGGUUGUCAAGAUCUCCGUCUGUCUGAUGGCAUACCAACUGCACGAUAUGUCGAGCGAUGCAACUACAACGUCGACGAGCAUCUACAUCACAGGUCUACUAUAUCCUUCCCUGCAGAAAGGGACAGAGACACUCUGAAUACGUUGAGUAAUGCAUCUAUUGCAGAUGUUCCCGAUAGUAUGGCUGACUUACAUAAGUCCUUACCGCUGGGUGGCAGUAAGAGUGAUCGGACCAAUGCCACAGUCACGUCCAAGAGUAUCAAUAGUCUUGAGAAAAGAAACACACCCGCCAAUCGGCAACAUCAUCAUAAUAGUCGACACUCCCAAACACAGUCAAAACCACAGUCACAAGACAGUCGGAGUCAAUUGCACGCGUCCAAGAGUACAGUAGCAGCGACUCAAACGCCGUACCUAUACGAUAGCCGGCGCUUACACGAUGAGUCUAGUAUUGCAUACCACGACUAUGAUUCUGCGGCAUUCCCUUUGUCCUCGGCCAAUUCGUCGAGUGAGGUGUCUCGCACCUCAUCACAGCAUGUGAGCCCUAGCGGUGGGGGCUUUCUGGGUUACGACGACCUGUCGCAUACGAUUCAUAGUAGCUACAACAGUCACGGUGGGUAUUCUGGUCACACGCAUACACAUUCACGCACAGCUUCGUACACCCAUCCUGCGAUAUGGGAGGAUAUGGAUACAGAAGCGUUUUCCCGUACAUUUCAGGCGGGAACGACCUUGUGCAACGCCUGUGGCACGCAGGUGGUGGAUAGUAAGUGCGCGUGCCCACAUGACGAAAUAAGCAAUGACGGAUUAAGCAAAAGCGAGAGCGGCUAUAGCUGGAAGUCGGAUGGUAGUGAUUGUGAUGACGAAUUAAUCGGUAAUCCAGAACCGUUGACCAGUAUCAUCCUGCCGGGUAAGCCGGACACCGCAUCACAGUCGCAGCCAUACCCCUACGAGCCUUCGGGGAAAUCGGGCCCACUGGCCACACACGCACGACGGGACGUCUCACACCAACCGGCGGAUGCUGGCGGUAGUAAGCCGUAUGUGAGUAGCAAUGGUAAACGAGGGGCGUACGGAGCUCAGUCGAAUAGUACUAGCACCAAUCACGGGGGACUGGGUCAAGGGCAGGGACAGCCUCUGUUACCAACACACACACACAGCCCAGCGCCAGUUAACUACAGUCGGAAACUCUCGGCCAAGGAGAAGAUGGCCGCGGCCAGACGACGUCGGCAUUCCGUGGAGCUGCUGGAAUUCGCCGGGCUGAGUGGUUGCGAUACUCAGACAUUCCUCAGACACAUCCGCCUCCAUAAGUACACCAUGAUGCUGAGUCAUCUGGCGUUCUCGACUUUGUUGGAGAUGGGGGAUGAUGGGUUGAUUCGCGCGGGUAUGAUUGCCCAGGGCGCGCGCACCCGGCUGCUGAAGGCGUUGGACCGGUACAAAUUGUAUCUGGAGGCGGGCAGCCUGUCGUCACCAACCCACAGAUACGGUGCAUACGAUACCCGAGACAGCCAUAGCAACCAUGACAGUCGAGACGUGGACAAAGCGGCUAAGCCGGACCAUAUAUGCGAUGCAAAGAGCGGUCUCACGAAGCACCGCACCGACGUGACAUACCAUGGCUACGAUUGCGGCGGCGGUGCCAUGAUGGUCUCAGACGGAACGUAUGCGGACUGUGUGCAUACGCAACAGCAGCAGGAGGCCCAGAUGGAGCUGCACCACCAGCUGCAGGUACAACUGCACCAGAACACCUUGUCCUCACAGGUACACACCCAAGUACAACAGGGCCAACACACACCGUGCACGGCCAACUGUGCGAUGGGCCUGUGUGGGUUCCCCCCGACCAGUAUGCAGCAGGUGCAGGUACAGUCUGCCCAGAAGUUGUACCAGCUACCCAAUGGACCGGUACCUACGCCACACCACGCCCAGUUCCAGGCACACACGGGCGCUUGCGGACCCCUGCACCCCGCAAGUCAAUCGCAGCAGCAUGCGUCGGGCCAUUUGAGUGUGAAUGGGCACCCGGCCAACUGCACGCAUCUGGGACCUUCCAGUCUAACUCACCACCAACACCAACCUCUGUGUGGCCACCACCAGGGAGUGGCCUUGCAACCACCCGCCCAUAACCAACAGGCCCAGGGCAGCACCACCGCAACCAGUAAGGCCCACCACAAGCAGAGCAGUGGCCACCAUAACCAGCCGAAUAACUGCAGCAACAAAUCCCAACAACAGUCGACGUCUCGCAGCGCUAGAGGCCCCAAGGGAGGUCCCCCCAACAACCCCCCACAGCCAGGAAGAAGCCGACAGGCGACCCAGUCUACCGCGUACAACCCACCUCAGGCACAGCGUAUGCGGAACUCGGGGGGGCGGUUGAGUGGCGGUACCAACAGCAGCACCCACGUCAGCACCCAUCCGCACCCGCUGAAGAAUUGCUCAAACAAAGGUACGGUUCUUCUCCCUACGUGCACGGCACCGAGCGCUACCGACGGGAUGUCCCCGCAGAUCAACUGUGCCUACCCUGUGGCCCAUAGUGCGGUCCCAAUGACCCAGGAUUCUGGUUGUGGACCGGGCCUGGAGUUCUGUCCAGCCGGGGGGUGCGGAAUGGCACAUGUGCGCGUUAUACCUACAGAAUAUAUGCAGCAACAGAUACAACUCCAUCACACCCAAACUCAGGCUCAGGUGCGAGUUCAAAUGCAGGCGACUCAGCAGGCACAUCAACGCCUACAACAACACCAGCGGCAGCAGCACUCGUGUUCGGGGUUGGGAGGGGAGGGUGAGUGCCAGUUCGGAACCAAUGCUGAUAGUAUCAGUUACCGUAACCCCGCCAUCGUUCGAGAGAGAGAGCGGAGCAUAUCCUCGCCGGACACGCUGACCUACUUCUACGCCCAGCAGCGCAAAGUUCGGUACUACAGUGACUCUGUUGCACCCGCGCGAACGUCCGGCGUAUCACCGGAAGAUGCCUAUGCCUUUGCCAAUUUCUCAGACCCCAGCAGCGUGCAUCAGUUCGCGCAGGGGAACAACCUGGUGCUGGGCAACGGUAUCUCUCGCAGCUUACCAGCGGUGUACACCCAGCCCCAUCCCCACAGUAACACUAUCACACUCACCAACGGUGACCCACUUCAACAACUGCAAUAUCAACCACGCCAGCAACCGCAACCGCAACAACGCCAUGCCGGCCAGAUACGCCGUCAGAGCACAUCGCCUUCAACACAAACACAAUCCGUCGUAACAAGCACUCGUGCAGGUGUCUACAGCUGCCAUAACAGCACAGGCACAGUCACCACCGGCGACGGUGGCGGAGCCUCUGAGGGCUUGCGAGACACCUUCACGCUCACCCACAACACCAGCGCAUCUACCUACAGCCAUCCACCCGCCUUCGGCGUGGCGGGUGUGGACCGGGUGCCCAAGGCCGCGGGUCCAACAGACAGCGUGAAGGACGCCCGCCGCAUGACCCAGCCGUUCAUAUCGUGGCCGAGCUUCGGAACGCCGGGUACCGAACUUCCGUACGGCACCGCCGCCACGCAGGACGUGUACGCCGAGCGCCAUUUGUCGCAUGCGAAGGUGAACCGGGUCAAAAGCCAACCCACUGCCCGGACUGCACCCACUUCCGCGUUGUAUCGGACCGGCUUCGACCUGGACGGUACGGUGAAGCGUGCGAAUGCGAAUGCAAAUGCAAAUGCCACACACUCGCCUCGGGUGGUUGAGACAACUGGGCAUGGGCAUGUGGGGCGUUACAACGCGAAACCGGGACGUGAAGCGGGACGUGAAACAUUUGUGUAUCCACCGCCAGUAUCGGCUGACGCCGGGGGCCCAAUCUUUGGCCCACCGGUAAGCCCCUUGUCGCAGACAGUUAGCCCCCUCUCCCCUUCGGACCCGGAGUAUACGAGGUACCCAGUCAGUGCCGCCAGUCUGGUGGCGACUGAGGAAUCCAACCCGAAUUCACGCUUCCAUCGCGUGGCCUUCUUCCGCGGAGCUCGCAAAACAGGACACUACCCAGCCCCAUCGGCUGUGGACCGGGUGCUGUAUGCGGGACAGGCUGAGAGUGAUAGGAGGGUGUUAUACCCAGGACAGAUAGACCCUAUGGACAGGGAUAAGGGUGCUAUAUACUCGGGGGCUGGUAGGUGCCAUAGAGAGCGAUAG